GAAAAACAGCAAGAAAUUUUUGGAAAAUUCUUGAAAAUUUUCUUGCUGUUUUUCAUACCUGAUUGCCUGCCUCUAGCGGUGAUAUAAAUAUAGAAUAUAUGUAAGGAUGCCCCCCAAUAGACUUCCCCUGGAUCUCUACCAGACACGUCCCACUGGGUCGAAGACCCCAGGGCUGGCCCAGGACAUGCUGGCUGGACUAUGUCACUCGGCUGGCCUGGGAAUGCUUGGGAAUUCCCCAGGAUGAGCUAGAGUCUGUCGCCAGGGAAAAGGAGGCCUGGACUGCCCUUCUCAGCAUGCUGCCACCGCGACCCUCACCAGGACAAGCAUUUUAGAAACUAACGAAUAAAGCUGUGAUUCUUCUUGGCCACAGAUAUUACUAUGUGGAUUCAGAAUAUGAACUUAUUUAAAUUACCAUCUCUGCUGGCUUAUACCAUGAAGGCUGUCCUGCCUAUGAUUCAUCCUCUAUCCAACCAGACUUAUUUUGUAUUAGAAGCUUACAGAUCCUGAAGAUGUCAAUAUAGAAUAUAAUCUUGAGUCUCUUUCGCAGGCGAGGCUGCAUUUGUUUGGUCAUGAAUCCCGCAUUCCCAGACACUGCAUGCUCAAGCAUCUUUUGUUUGUCCAUAUAUUAGGGGCUGAACAGGCAUGGCAUUGGCCAGAGGAGAGAUUGGAGGAUGUAGAGGUGAUCGGACCUGCCAAUGACUGGUGCCGGCAGUGUCAAGAUUGGCCUCUGUGAAGGAGGUCCGUGAGAAUUGGUCUGAUGGAGCAAAGGCACUCAGCGCGGCUCGGUAGACAAGACAACAAUGGGACCAGUAUGCAAACAGCAUGGAUUCUACUGGAAAUUUUACACAGGACCAGAGAUUUCCAAUGGGAGAGAAACCCUUCAAGUGCACUCUGUGUGGGAAGGCAUUUUCAAAUUCAUCUGCUCUUAAAAUACACCAGAGAACACACACAGGAGAAAAACCCUUCCAGUGCACUGUGUGUGAGAAGGCAUUUUCACGUUCAUCUUAUCUUAAAAAACACCAGAGAACACACACAGGAGAGAAACCCUUCAAAUGUAGUGUGUGUGGGAAGGCAUUUUCAAGUUCAUCUUCUUUUAAAAUACACCAGAGAACACACACAGGAGAAAAUGCCUUCAAGUGCACUGUGUGUGAGAAGGCAUUUUCAAGUUCAUGUUAUCUUAAAAUACACCAGAGAACACACACAGGAGAGAAACCCUUCAAUUGUAGUGUGUGUGGGAAGGCAUUUUCAAGUUCAUCUUAUCUUAAAAAACACCAGAGAACACACACAGGAGAGAAACCCUUCAAGUGCACUGUGUGUGGGAAGGCAUUUUCAAGUUCAUGUUAUCUUAAAAUACACCAGAGAACGCACACUGGAGAGAAACCCUUCAGGUGUAGUGUGUGUGGGAAAGCAUUUUCAGAUUUAUCUGCUCUUAAAAAACACCAGAGAACACACACAGGAGAGAAAGCCUUCAAGUGCACUGUGUGUGGGAAGGCAUUUUCAAGUUCAUCUUAUCUUAAAAUACACCAGAGAACACACACAGGAGAUAAACACUUCAAGUGCACUGUGUGUGGGAAGGCAUUGUCAAGUUCAUUUUAUCUUAAAAAACACCGGAGAACACACAGAGGAGAGACACCCUUCAAGUGCACUGUGUGUGGGAAGGCAUUUUCAAGUUCAUUUAAUCUUAAAAAACACCAGAGAACACACACAGGAGAGAAACCCUUCAAGUGCACUGUGUGUGGGAAGGCAUUUUCAAGUUCAUCUUAUCUUAAAACCCACCAGAGAAUGCACAAAGGAGAGAACCCCUUCAAGUGCAGUGUGUGUGAAAUGGCAUUUUCAUAUUCAUCAAAUCUUAAAAUACACCAGAGAACACACACAGGAGAGAAACCCUUCAAGUGCACUCUGUGCGGGAAGGCAUUUUCAAAUUCAUCUUAUCUUAAAAUACACCAGAGAACACACACAGGAGAUAAAGCCUUCAAGUGCAGUGUGUGUGAGAUGGCAUUUUCACGGUCAUCUAAUCUUAAAAUCCACCAGCGAAUACACACAGGAGAUAAACCCUUCAAGUGCAGUGUGUGUGAGAUGGCAUUUUCACGGUCAUCUAAUCUUAAAAUCCACCAGAGAACUCACACAGGAGAGAACCCCUUCAAGUGCAGUGUGUGUGAGAUGGCAUUUUCACAUUCAUCAAAUCUUACAAAGCACCAGAGAACGCACACAGGAGAAAAACCCUUCAAGUGCACUAUGUGCUUGAAGGCGUUUGCACGUUCAACACAGCUUCAUAGACACCAGAGAACGCACACAGGAAAGAAACCCUUUAAGUGCAGUGUGUGUGGGAAGGCAUUUUCAAGUUCGUCUUAUCUUAAAAUACACCAGAGAACACACACAGGAGAUAAACCCUUCAAGUGCAGUGUGUGUGAGAUGGCAUUUUCACAGUCAUCUAAUCUUAAAAUCCACCAGAGGACACACACAGGAGAGAAACCCUUGAGGUGCACUGUGUGUGGGAAGGCAUUUUCAAGUUCAUUUUAUCUUAAAAAACACCAGAGAACACACACAGGAGAGAAACCCUUGAGGUGCACUGUAUGUGGGAAGGCAUUUUCAAGUUCAUUUUAUCUUAAAAUACACCAGAGAACACACACAGAAGAGAAAGCUUUCAGGUGUAGUGUCUGUGGGAAGGCAUUUUCAGAUUCAUCUGCUCUUAAAAAACACCAGAGAACACACACAGGAGAGAAAGCCUUCAAGUGCAGUGUGUGUGAGAUGGCAUUUUUACAGUCAUCUAGUCUUAAAAUCCACCAGAGAAUACACACAGGAGAUAAACCCUUCAAGUGCACUGUGUGUAAGAUGGCAUUUUCACAGUCAUCCAAUCUUAAAACGCACCAGAGCACACACACAGGAGAGAAACCCUGUAAGUGCACUGUGUGUGGGAAGGCAUUUUCAAGUUCAUCUUAUCUUAAAAUACACCAGAGAAUGCACACAGGAGAUAAAGCCUUCAAGUGCAGUGUGUGUGAGAUGGCAUUUUUACAGUCAUCUAGUCUUAAAAUCCACCAGAGAAUACACACAGGAGAUAAACCCUUCAAGUGCACUGUGUGUGAGAUGGCAUUUUCACAGUCAUCAAAUCUUAAAAAGCACCAGAGAACGCACACAGGAGAGAAACCCUUUAAGUGCAGUGUGUGUGGGAAGGCAUUUUCAAGUUCAUAUUAUCUUAAAAUACACCAGAGAACACACACAGGAGAGAACGAGUUCAAGUGCACUGUGUGUGGGAAGGCAUUUUCAAGUUCAUAUUAUCUUAAAAUACACCAGAGAACACACACAGAAGAGAAACCCUUCAAGUGCACUCUGUGCGGGAAGGCGUUUGAACAGUCACCACAGCUUCAUAGACACCAGAGAACACACAGGCAUCAGAAGAACCCCAAGGAGUGUAGUCUGAAAUCGACUUGUGAAAGUCAAAGUGCUGCAAUGAACCCAUCCCUCCUGAAAAAAGAACCAGAAGUAAAUUCCAGCUUGGACACUAUGAAAUGUAUCAAGGUGAAAUUUGAAGAGGCGACAGUGACCAGCGAAGAAGUGACAGUGAAGAGCGAAGAAGUGAAGGUAAAAUGUGAAGAUGAACAUUCAACUCCAAAACUGGACCUUCACAUCAAUGGAGGCAACGUGAAGCAGGAGGAGAAUUCUGAUUGUGAAGCAGAGCGAGGCAACUCCCAGCAGUUUGUGGAAGUGGAGGUGUGGGUGGACUUCUUAGACAAUACAAAGUCAAAUGGAGAACCUGUAGAUGUGUAAGCUUGAGACAAUGAAGCUGCAAUAGAUUCACAUUUGUCACAGGCCUUUAAUGAAAAGAACGUGAAGUUGAACACUCCAUUCCUAGGUUCAACCUGCAGAGUAAGAGCGGUCAGUAUUUGCGGACCUGUGGGUUGGGUAGAUCUCUAACUAGGAGCGAGAGCCAAUAAGCUCCCAAGCAUUCACUAUGUUAUAAUAAUAUUAACAUUUAUAUGGUGCUUGGUUAAUCGCCUCAGCAACUCAUCAUCUCAUCACAAACACUCAAAGAGCACGCCUUUUGGCGUCCUCUGGAUUAACACCGUUUGAUACUAGGCUCUAAAGAAAGCUGUCUCUGGUGUGGACCAAUCAGUUUCAAAGACAAUGCAUAUGUUGUGUCCUAUGACUAACCACACGGUGAUCCGAGGGGAGAGAAUUCACGUCAAGACAGAGACACGACCCAUACAUCGAGACUACUGCAAGUUACAGAAGACUACAAGCGACAGAGAGUACUGCGACGGGUAGACUCCGGGGCAUGGCCUCGUGAUCAACAAUGGGUGGUGUGUCUCGCAGAGAAGAGGGGCGAAGUGAUGCUCGGUGCUGAGUUCGGCAUGGACUGACAGAGUAUCGCUGAGAGUUUUAUUCUACAUUUAUCCUGAUGAUUUGAGUCGCUUGCAUAGUCAAGGAUUGCGAUAAGUUGUAUUGUACUAAGCUUUCACAGUUGUUCAAGAGGUGUGCGAAUACAAUUUACAAGUUUUGAGAGUGAGUUCCAGCUCCCACGAGCAGCUGCGAUCGGCAGGCUCCGGGGAACCUGCCCCCGUGACUGGCACAUCGUCAACGAGCUGCACCAGCAGAAGCCACGAGUCUACGAAAUCAACGCAAAGAGUUGACUUACUGCACGCAGCAAGCUCUGGGGUGGGACUCUGCAAUCAACCAAGGAUGAAGAGGCUUGCCGAGUAGCAAUGGGUCACUGAGUAUGAGCUCGGCGCUGACAGAAGAAGUAUCGCUCAAAGAUAUUCAAUGCGGAGUGCCAGCUCCCUCGAGCAGCUGCAGCCCGAGAGAUAGAGUGACGAGCAAAGACGAUCAAUCAACCGGGAAAAAGGGUGGAAGCCCAAGCAUCGACCAAGACAGCAUCACAGAGAACCAGCUGCACGCGCAACCAGGCAUCGCCAGAGAGCACGGAGCCGGAGAGAGAGCGCAGCAGCGCCACCUUCAAAGACAAGCGUCGUGCCGACUCGGCUCAUCCAGCAGGGGAAAGAGCCUGACCAGCCGCCCGUGAGGAAGAGGAGAGCGCCGUGGGUUCGACCCACACCCACUGACCAGCACCAGCUGUGAACCAAGACAAGAGUGAGGAACAGCGACCAGCAGACGAGCUGCGGCCGCUAUCUGACGAAGGAAUCAUCGCGCACCACCGACGGCAAGCGUCGUGCUGACUCCUCAUCCAGCAGUGGGCAGCAGCUCCAGCUGCCGCCGAGCGAGAGAGAGCGAGGAAGCUGUGUGUAUGACCCUCCCCCACACUCACAUACUCACCACGUAUCACCCAGCGUCUGCUUGACGCGAAGAAUUGAUCAAGGAGACAAAACCACCAAACACACCGCACAUACCGGGACUAAUAAUAAGAAGAAUGAUAAGAGUGCGUCAACUAUUAGCUGAUAAUGAAGAACAUUGCUGCCCAUUGAGUCACAUGGAUACGGUCGUUGAGAAGUAUUUUAGUCGUUCUUUUUGUUAAUUUUAACUGUACCGAUGAAUUCAUUGACGAAACUUAACGUUUAGAAACCUACGUUACGAAUCCACACACUCACAGGGAGACUAUUGUGUUGAAAUCUUUCUUUUGAUGACAGAAUCUUGCCCGCGAAUUUAUUGACGCCUUAGCCAAUUGAUAAGCAUUUGCUGAAGCAGGCACACUGUCGCACACCAUUGUUCCUAGACAUUUAGUUAAUUACAUAAUCUACCAAUUAAUUAAUUGAGGUCUACUUUUGCAUUCGGGACAUGUUUUUUUAUUGCUGUUCGUAUGAAUAUCGUCACAUUUACUUUUACGGACUUUUUCCUAUUGCCGUAUAUGCUCGCGUUACUCUGAGAAAUUAACCGAUUGCUCUGUUACCUUCCUAAGUUCAUGCAUAAUGAACUUAAUUAUAAGAACUGUAUCCUUCGGCGAGAUCUGAAUUCUGAGACCUGAUAGAAUUACACUAAAACAUAAUCAAUAAAAGUUACAGCGAGAAUCUUUGUAUUAUCACGAUUAGUUGGAAGACAUUUUUUUCACGGACCAGCGGGGGGGGGGGGGGAUGGUUUCAUGAUGAUUCAAGCGCAUUAUAUUUAUUGUGCACUUUAUUUAUAUUAUUACAUUGUAAUAUGAAAGAAUGAUACAACUCGCCAUAAUGCAGAAUCAAUGGGAGCUAGGCCUCGGCAAGGUAAGGUAAAAGUUAAACGGUAAAAAAAAAAGACUACCUUUACCUUACCUUUUACCUUACCACAAUACAAUCGCUCUCCCCUACCUUUUACCCUUUAGCAGGUAAGGUAAAAGGUAAAAAGAAACGACCCUACCUUUACCCUACCUUUUACCCUCAUCCCAUACAAAUUACCCGAUUACAGGGAAAUUACUGGGGUACAACACAUGACAAAGGUGUAUAACGAUAAAUGCUAGGUAGAGCGCUUUGUUCAUAUAGAAUACUCUCGAAUCGGGCGUUGAGGCUGUCGACGACAACGUCCUCCAUAUCCUCCUCGUCCCAGUCGUCUUAGUCGAUGGCGAUCUCAUCAACAACCUGAUCAAGUUCGUCAUUGCCAUCGUCCUCGGACGAACGACAGGCAAUAAGAUCCUGCGCCGAUCCGGCCCAGUUAUACGGAACCUUCAGGCAGCCGACGUCCCGACCUCGCUGCCUGGGUCGAGCACGUUGUGCUUCUUGAGGUGGGCUUUCCACCCCGACGCGUUCGUGUGGGUGGAAAACCACUUGCGUGUGCUCCCACGGGAGCGCAUGCCGCUGCCUUUUUCGAUUACUGUUCGCAGCAAUCCCAAAAAUGCCAUUGCUGUUAUCCUCGACCUCAUCCUCUAGUACCUCUACCUCAAGAACGCGGACCGUCCCCAUCUGGUCCGACAUCAAUUAUCGCAAAUUAAAAUAGAGGCCACGGACUGUGCCACGGAGCUUUUAGCGGUAAACAAGGUACUGUAGUUACCGGGUAAUUAUUCGCGCUACCUUUACCCUACCGGGUAAUUCUUCUGAGCUACCUUUAACCUACCUUUACCUUACCCCUUGGCAUGUCGAAACCUUUACCUUUUUACCUGGUAAAAAAGGUAAUUUACCUUACCUUGCCGAGGCCUAGUGGGAGCCCUGAGCCCGUUUUCCUGUAACGAGAUGGUCCCAUCUGGGGGGGAUGGGAGACCGUGACACCCGAAGUGUGUUGCCUAUGUCCAGUCUGCUACCAUAUUCUAGUUUUGGUUGCUGUCACUGCAGAAAUCCCUGCUUCACAAAGAUAGGACGUUGGAAAUGGAAGCAGGCUUUUCUGUGCUUUUGUCGCAAUCUCAGGAUAUUCCGCCUUGACUUUAAUCCAGAACGUAUCGAGAUUUGAAGUUGUCUCAAACAUACUUUUAAGGCCACCUUCAUUUGCGAUCUCAAGCAGUUGAUCCUCUUCUAGCACAGACAAAGUCGAUUCACCUGGCUUAAUCACAAAUGGGUCGCGGGUCCAUUCCUUCCCAGUUCGGGGGUCUUUUGUGGUUGGGAAAUAAUGCUCAAACUCUUUUAAAAGCUGAGAUAGGUUUUAAUGCACCAGCUGGGAGAAAGGCCCUGGCUCAGUCUCUUUCAAAAUCUCUGCUAGUGUUUGAAACGUGUCAAAAGUUCCAAUGUUCACUCGUCGCCCUCAUAAUUCCAGUUUGGCUUUGAAUACAGCCACUUUAUCUGCCGAAUUGGACCGAGUUGUCGAUCUCCCCUGAAAUGACAGAUUGAGUACGUUGAGCAGGCUGAAUAUGUCACACAAGUGAGAAAGUUUUGCGACCCAUUCUGUGUCACUGAAAUGUGCUGCCAGUGGUGACUGUUUUCCUUAAAGAUAUCUCUGGAGUGGCUCUCGCAACUCAAAAACUCUGGCCAGUGAUCUACCUUUAGAAAGCCAUCUCACUUCUGUGUUUUAGAGAUGAUGUGUGGUGAGCGUGCUGCGCUCCGAACCCGGCGACCCGAGUUUGAUUCCCGCUCACGGCCACAACGAUUAUUUUACUGGUCCUGGGCUUCCCCUAGGUCAGGGGUCGGCAACCUACGGCUCCGGAGCCGCAUGCGGCUCUUUACAGGCUGCUUCUUGACGAUAUGUACAGUAUGUACUCAUCGUCAAGAAGCAGCCUGUAAAGAGCAGCCUGUAUGUACUCAGAUGCAUUGCGGCUCUUGAAAUACUGAAUUUUGUACCGAAUUGGAAAGAAAUGGCUCUUCUUGUUAUUUUGGUUGCCGACCCCUGCCCUAGGUCGACUCAGCCUCAAACGAGUAACUGAUGUGGUGUGUGAACAUCGCCACUGGGGAGACAAAGGCGGCCGGGCGUGGUGAAUCCAAGUCCCGGGCGAAGCCGGGUAGUCAAGCUAGUCUUCUAUAUAUAAAAGGAAAAUUUGUGAAUGUGUUGUCUGUUCAAAAUGUUUAAGCGUACUUCCCGACAUGCAACAAUCUUGAAAUUUUCCAUGUGGUACUUUGCAAAAUGUACACCAUGCAAAAAUUAUAAAAAAAUAAACAUUUGUA